UACGAUCGGAUCGGAGUAUUUGCCAGUCGACGGAACGUGGCCGCGCUAAGAAAAACCCGUUCGUUCAUCGGUGAAUAUCAAGCUUCGCCGCGCGACUCGUGCACGCUACCGCUCGUUCCUGAGCAAAUAUUUGAGCGUUCCGUCCAUACGUGUUAGCCUGGUGCCAACGGCGGAGCACGUUUUUCGCGUUCUAAUAGUGACGGUGGUGCGCGACAGUGGAUCACGAUUUUUUGCGUUUCACUUGGAUCCACGAGCUACGCGAAUCGCUCGAACCUUGAACUUCCGGGUAUUGGCAUUUCCAUCUAACGCGUUAAUUGCCAUGAAAAUCUCGAGGAUUUUACAUAACACUUAUUCUUUCGUGGAAAAGAGAAGUGGAAGGAAUUAUCGAUCUUUUGGCGUCACGGUCGUUACGUUAUUAAACAUUUUUAUUCAACGUCGAUCGUCUUGUGUAUUAUAAUUGUUUCCAAGCUAUCCAGUGAUCGCCUUGGCAGUCGGCGUGUAAAAUUGGAUGUUUUUGUUACGUAUUUUGGACGUGAAAGUCAUUCUGGUUCCUAGUAAAUUGUUAUUUAUUGACUCUUCGUUACAGAUACUAUAGUUCAGUUCCUUUUCGUUGAAACGGUUAGAAUCGGUAUAAAAUUUCACGGCAUUUUCAUAUUAUUUCGGUAUUCUUCCCGUUGUCCCCUAAAAUGAUCAAAGACAUUGGAAAGAGUAGCUAAUGGCUUGAAGAUUAGACAGCGUGUUACUUUGUUGUAGUGCGUUUCUUUUAUUCGCAGUUAUUGUUUAAAUAACGUGAAUUCGAAUAUGCAUUACCUCAAUUGAAUAUCUACUGAAUUUGAAUCUAUUCGAAGGACGCGUAACUUUGAAUCAAAGGAAGGGAACUCUACAGCAUUUCGAAAUCCUGGUACCUCUUCUUCGGUUACUGCGAUCGUCGUCGAAGAAAAAUGAAACGUUCGUACAAAUUUCUCACGUUUCGAAGUCAAGUAAAUUACCUCGACUAAAUCUGAAUAUAACUAGUGAAAGGACCUUGGAUACGUGUAAUCCCCAGGCUUAGUUUGUAUAGCGGCAAAACGCGUUUCCUUUGAUAGGGUAUUCGAGAGAGACCUUCACGGAAGCAAACCACAAGGCCGAAUAUUGGUCCCGGCGAAAUCAUGGUGACACGUGCUUCCGUGCACGUGGCGGUUGUCUUUGUCUUGCCCGUUAUUUUGUGGAUCCUAGGGAAUCUUCGAAAAAGAAGCACAGUUCUUGCUGGCAUCGUUAGGACUGCCAGGUCGGCCUUGCAAACGUUGCACAAGGUUUCGAGUAAGGCGCGCGAACAGAACUACUUCCUGGGUGGCCUGUCGCACGACUGGGUCAGUUACUAUGAACAACGAAUCGAGAGCGAUCGCUCGUGUCUCAACGAGUGGCAUGCUAUGGACAAUCUGGAAUCCCGAAGACCACCGUCACCGGACAGCGUACGCACCAAGCCCAGAGAAAGGGACGAGACUGAACGCGUAAUCCGGUCGACGUUGAAGGAGAUCAUGAUGUCCGUAGACCUCGACGAGGUGACCUCGAAGUACAUUCGAGGUCGUCUCGAGGAAGAUCUCGAUAUGGAUCUCGGGGAGUUCAAGCCAUUCAUCGAUCAGGAAAUGCUCACCAUUCUGGGUCAAAUGGACGCGCCGACUGAGAUAUUUGACCAUGUUUACCUAGGAAGCGAAUGGAACGCGAGCAACUUGGAGGAGCUCCAAAAGAAUGGUGUUAGGCAUAUCUUGAACGUUACCCGAGAAAUCGACAACUUUUUUCCCGGGAUGUUCACGUACUUGAACGUUCGCGUGUACGACGACGAGAAAACGGACUUGUUGAAGCACUGGGAUGACACGUUCAAGUAUAUCACCAAGGCGAAAAAGGAGGGCUCCAAGGUGCUGGUGCACUGCAAGAUGGGAGUAUCGAGGUCUGCUUCAGUGGUGAUCGCGUACGCGAUGAAAGCAUACAAUUGGGACUUCUCUCAAGCCUGGAAACACGUGAAAGAAAAACGGAACUGUAUCAAGCCGAAUAACAGCUUCUUGCUGCAGUUGGAGACUUAUCAGGGUAUCCUGGAUGCCAUGAAGAACAAGGAGAAACUUCAGAGAUCAAAGUCGGAUACGAACUUGAAGUCUCCCACGUCGACGAAAGACCAGUUGAAGAAGGAAGAGAAGUCCGGCAACGCGGGAACCGGGCUGCAAACUGUGUCAGGUCUCGAGCUGAAGAAAACCAGUCAGAGACCAAAGAGUUGGUCGCCCAAUCUCACCACUACUGAAAACAUGUUGCCUUCUGUCCCCCUUUCGCAGUCCCUGGAAAGCAUAGACAAGGCGGGUAGCGCGGAAGUGACACGUGAGGAUCUCCUCCGAUCGACGAGUCAGAAAACGAACAUGGCGCAGGAGGCGCGCAACGUGCUGAUGCCGUGCGGGAACGGGCAGUCGUACAGCGUCUCGCAGAACAAAAUCGUCCACUUGCCGAGUCCCUCGCCCGACAUGCCGAGCGUCAAAAAUAGAAUCAGUAAGCUGGAGACGCAGGGUCAGAGGCGCAGGGGUCUGGUGCUGAACCUGACGAGUCAGUUCGAGGGGGCAAGCAGUAAGCCGUCCUCGCCGACCUCGGACACCGACAAUAAGCCACGCGGCCAGAGCCCGAUCGCGGACGUGCAGGAGAACGGGCUCGCCGCGCAGCGCGGUUCGGAUGCGAAGCAAGACGUGUGGGAUCCUGGCGAGAAGGAUCGAAAGAAGUCGAAACCGGAAUGCGGUAAUAACGAUAGUGAAUGUCUAGUCUGGACUGCGUCGUCCGAUGCAGCGUGUACCGAUCCGUUGUGUAGUAAUGAUAAGACUAACGACGAGGUGAGUGCGGAGAGUGAAUGUGUCGCGUUAAUGACAAUGUAUCCGGGCAACGGUGGUCGUAAACCGAGAAAAGACGGCGAUCCGUUCAGCACGCAGGUGGACAGAGUGUUCGACCGCGAAGAGAGGCACGGUGAGCCGGUCACCAGGGACUCGCCAAGCCGGCAAAGUUCAUGGAAUAGCUACGAUAGCGCGGUUGUUCUGGACAACAAUUCCGUGCACAGUUCGUGGGCGACAUUGCCGUCGAGGAACAGUUCCUGGGGCUCGUACGAUAUGCGAUCGUCGGACCCACUCGGCUCGAGCGGUUUAUUCCCCUACGACAAAGAGGAGAUACCGUGGCAUCCGGGCACAGUGAAGCGCACUAAGCAAAAGCUCGAGGAGAACACGUCAUCCGGCACGGUGAAACGCGUUUGCACGCAGAACUCGGAUCCGGAGAGCAAGGACAGGUUGCCUGCCGAGGAAGAGUCCUACAAUCCUGUGUUGUUGCACCGUACGGGGUCGCCCACCGCGCGUAGCAGGGACUCUUCGCCUAGCCAAGAGCAUAAUUUUAAGGUCGAUGUAAAAGUAACCGUUAGAAACUCGCCGAGCCCCAUUAGGGGGAUCGAUAUCUCGUCGCCGUCGAUCCGCCAGGUUGGCAGAUUGUCGACCAGCGCGCCGGAGCCGUCCUCGUUGUCCUCGGAUACAGACCUGCCGGCCGCGUUGAGGUCGUGUCGGUCGGAGAGCGAGACCUCCAGCCCCUGUGUCGUGAACACCACACAGUGUCCCUCCGUGAAGCAUCACAAGAUGGUGCUGGAGAACCUUAGCAACAAAUCGAUAUACAAUAAGCGUUGCCUGCCCGUGGACGAUUCACCGGAGGCCGAGUGCCCGCGAAACAUCUCCGGUAUCGUGAAGAAUCUCAAGAAGGAAUUCGAAGCGAAGUCGUCGAGCAAGUCGGACGUGAAGAUCAGGAGUCUGCCCUCGUCGCCGGUGAUACCGCACAAUGAAUCCAAGAUUCAAGCCCCGUCCGAAACCAAAGAUGAAGAAAAACCGAGCGGAGGAACGGCGGUGGCGGCUGCGGCGACGAUACCGCCCACGCAGGAAAGCACGGAGGACCGGUCGGUCAGAGUAUUGGUGGGCAAGUACGAGGUGAAGCCGGACUCGAGGAAGUCGAAAGCUGCUGCCGAGUACAGCAGAAGGUCCGCGCCGAUCACCAUCAAUAACCUAUCCUCUUCUUUGUUCACCGAAGCGCCGGAGGCACCUGGCAGGCCGCCUGUCCCCUCGGCCAGUGUUGUCGCGGCUAGCAAAAAGCAGCAACAACACGGCAGGACGCAUCCUCUUGCCAGGCUGCAGGUCAGGCCUAGGCAUAACAGUCCGGUUUACAACACCAUGUAAAAGGGACAGUCGUGUUUCUCCUCUUUUAUUUCUCUCUCUCUAUCUCGUAUUUUUUUAAAAUGUUUCUCCUGCUGUCGAAUCUUGAGCGCGCGUACCUGAAUGCAUAGGUAUGUUGACGUGGCCACGAUGGAACUGUGUGAUCUCUACUGAUGCCAACGAGUCGAGGGUACGGUCCUAUCUUCGAACUCGACGACUAAUCGACGGGGAUUUAUGAUGUAAUACCAGGUCGAGAAAUGUAUUUGUACACUCGGAUUUUUUUUCUGGUAACUUCCUAUGAAGAUAUUGCGUACACUAACAGGAUCGAGAUUUUUUUAAUGCUUUAUUAUACGCGGAAACUGUAUGUCCUUUUGAGGAUGUUAAUAAUGCAAUCUAUCGCAAAAAUAUAACGCAUGGAGGACGCAAGAAAAUCUCAGUAAUUUGAUUGUGUUAAUGAUAAAGGUUUAGGAAAAUUUACAGAAAACAGUAUAUUUAUAAUGCUUUGAGCACUAACGUUUUUAAGAAAGUUUCAAGAGUUUAAUAACUAUUCACCAAAUAUUCUUUUCUUAUGCAUUAUAUUUUAAUAGUAAAUUAUUAACAUUUUUACGCAAGCAUAUUGUUUUUCCGUGUACAUGGUACCAAUCACCGUGCUAUUUUUUUAUAUAAAAUUGUUAUAGAAAAGCCGAAUGCGCGAAUAGUUUUUCGACCCGUUGUAUAAUUCACUUCCCACUAUUGUCGAGCGUAUGUAAAAAUGUACAGAAUUUUCUCGCUGCGGGUUUACUCCCAAACUUGUACUUGUAAAUUGCAAAAUGUAACUCGUUUUAACGCGCCACGAUGAAGCAGCGCAUUAAAGUCGAAUCCAUCGUGAAAUGAUGGAAACGAUUUCGCUUAGUUGUACGGACAGGGAGAGUGGUAUAAUCUGAGCGUCGAGGAACGUAAAUGCGUCCACUGCUCGCUAUGAGCUCGUCUUUGCCGAAGCCCCCCGUUUUUGUCAAGCGAACCCAUAGCGAGAGGAUUCUGUGGUGUCCGCGAGAGUCUUUGUACAACACUCCGCGAUAAUUAGAUAAAGACAGGUCACCUAUUUUUUCGAUACUUCUUUAAACAAAUGCAAUUUGCAAACUUGUCGUACUGCCCUCUGUAAGAUCAUCGCUCAUAGUAAGUUUUCAAUAACAGUUAGCGAAACAAAAGACUGUUGAUAAUGCUUUUAGCAAAAGUGAAGAAGAUUUUUCACACAACAAUUCGACUGUUAAGAGUAUGAAGAGUAAUGCAAAAUGCUGAGAAAUAUCUUAAAAAUUUGUGGAUUUUUUAAACUAUGUUUUGACGGAAUAACAUUUUUCUUUUUUUAAAUAUUUAUUUCUCGUCGCUUGAUUUUCGUGUAACACUUCCUAUUUGUGCGAUAUGUUCGAAAAUAAUUUUCUAUGACGAAGGCAUUAUCACGAUAUGCAAUAACUUCAUCGACAGAUCAACUAAUUAAUUGUCAUUGUUGUAAGAAAUUUAGAAAAAAAAC